AUGGCAUCAGGCCAAGAUCCACCCAAUAAAAACAUCUCAUGGCGUAUCCUUGUUGGUACAAUUAUUAGCAUUGUCCCCGCUACCAUUUGCGUGAUCUUGCGGUUUGUUGCCCGCAAUGUCGCUCAUGCUGGCCUGUGGUGGGAUGAUUAUACCAUUGCAGUAUCUCUAAGCUUUAUGGCUGUCCAACUUCUAUACUUCACCAAUGCCGUCAUUACCAAGGCAUCGCUGUUGUUUCUCUUCUACCGCAUUUUCGGCGUUGUCAGAAGUUUUCGCUGGAUCCUCUGGGCCUCUGGCUUUCUGGUAGUUGCCUACUUUAUCGUAUGUUCAGUUGUUUCGAUUGUGGGAUGUUCGCCAGUGUCCAAGGCGUGGAAUACAAAUGAGCCAGGUCACUGCAUCGACGAAUUGUCAUUCUUCCGCUGGAAUGGCGUUGGCAACAUGUUCCUCGAUUUCCUGGUUCUCUGUCUCCCUAUUCCGAUGGCUUGGCGGGUGAACACAACGACCCGACAAAAAUAUAUCUUAACCGGGAUCUUCCUACUGGGUGGAUUUGUCUGUAUCGUCUCCAUCAUUCGCAUUGUCAGUUUCGGGUCAGCGGUCAUUUCUGACCCUACCUAUACAAGCGUCGGGCCGGCAACCUGGUCCUCGGUUGAGCAAUCCGUCGGGAUAAUAUGUGCCUGUCUUCCAACGCUGCGACCACUUUUCCGGCGUCUCUAUGGCCCAUCAAGAGCAGCCUCAAGUAGAGGCCAUAGCCCUGCUUUUGAUUCUCAGGAUUGGUCCUCACCAUCUGGCCGAAUGUCGCAUUGUGAUGAAGAAACUAGGAUUAUUGGAUUUGCUUCGCCGCAACAGCGAAAGCGUCGUGCUUCCUCGCACGAGCUAGACGAAUUACAGAGUGUUUAUCGCAGUCCAACGUUUGAUGGAACAAAUGAGCGUCCCGAUUCGCAAUUUUCCCAGACGAAUGGAACGAACAGACCGGUUUCUGCAGCCGGGUCAUUUGGCUGA